AUGAACGAAUUGGCAGCUGGUCUAUACGACUUCUACCAUCGAGUGUUGAAGCCGAAGGGUAUAUCGCCAAGUCGGCUAUACGAGGCGCUUGAUACGAGGCUCAGUACCUACUGCGACCUUGAAGAAUUUGUGUCAUCUUUACUAGGUCCUCGAAAUGAGUUCACGCCUGAAAUUGGAUUCUAUGAGGAUGUUAUAUACAACACAGCGGUGUUUCUCACCGAGAAGGGCGAUGUCGGAGCCACGUGGCUCAACAACACUUUCGAGAUACGAGCAGGUGAUAUAAUUGUCGCUCUGUUUGAACGCGGGAUGCCCUUCAUUCUGCGACCAGUUCAAGGAGAUUCCACCUAUCGUAUGGUCAAUAUGGCUUAUGUAUCAGAACGUAGCGCUGAAUACACAGAGUUUUGGUAA